AUGAAGUUUGGCCUCUUACUCCGUAGGGUCACUGGUACCUUGGCAACCCUCCUCCUUACCGUCGCUAACCGUUCAUUCUAUUCUGCUUUGACGCUACACCUCGUCGUCCCUAUCCCCAGUAUUUAUGACCUAAACCAUUGGGUUCCCGUCCUAAUCCGUCCUUGUCCACUAAUCUCUUCCUUUGUCCUACGAACUUGGACGUUCAUGGGCGAUCGGUCCAAAAAUCAAGGGAAAUGGUUCUUUAAGAUUACUAAGGACGAUACUUCGACGCUUAGGCUCUUUGACUUAACAUUCCAUAAGCCUAACUCUAGAUCUCAAAUUACACCUUAA